CUAACUAUUUGAACAAUGGACUGAAUAACAUGAUAGGCCAGUACAAUCAUACUGGGCAGUAUUUAGAAGGACCUGAAAUCUAUAAAAGUGCUUUUAAGCCAGUACAUAGCAUUCCUAGUAUGGCAAUAGAUCAAAAUAUGCUGCUGAAUAACAUAAAUGGCUUAGACCUUUCUUCUGCCAUUCGAGCCUCUAUCGAUGGCAGCUUGGAUAGCUUAGCGUAUGGUGCAUACAGUGGACAAGGUUUUAACCCAAUUAGCACAAUAGGAAGCCAGAGUGUCCAGUUUAAUCCACUUAUACCAGGGCCUAGUCUGCUUGGGUAUCCCUUUAAUCCGAUGUACAGUAUGCCUAGCACAUCAAGAGAAACAGAUCGAAUAGAUGAUGAAGUUGCCAUCAAUUCACACGCACACAAUCCAAAAGAGAAUGAAUAUGAACCCUUAGUAGAGCAGCCUAAUACAGAAGAAGCAUCUGAACAACAAGCUAUUGUAGAGUCUAAUUCUGAUGAAAAUGCUUCUAACAAAAAAAGAAAAAGUGUUAUACAGACCAUCGGACAAAAAAGAAAAGCUAGGGAAAUAGAAAUAGAGUCAGACAGCUCCAUAGAUGUACUUGAACUUCCGCCUACGCUCGAGAAUAAGAGAGAAAGAAGAGAAGAAGAUGCAUCAAAAGAAAUGGCAGAUAUUAUAUGUUUGGCAGAAGAGGCUGAGGACAUAGAAAAAAAUAACGAAGAGUUGGUGCAUACGAACAAACCGCAGUUGUCUAUAGGCGCUGAAAAAAAAGAAAAAAAAUUAAACCAUUACAACAUUCUAUUGUGGAAUAACAAAAGACUUGACAAUAAAAGAAGAACGAGCUACAAAGGACACCACAUAACGGUAUACAAACAUCACUGUGCAGGUUUUAUUUCCAAUGCACCACAAGAAAUAAUAGCAAACUUCUACCAGGAAAAGAUUAAGAAAGAAAUAGAAAAAUUUUCCAGUCAGAUUGCUUCAUUAAUAGAACAGAAUCCAUUUUGGUACUUCGUUGCAAGUAGAACUAAAAAUAUAAACAUAAGAUACAAAGAUCUUUUCGGACUAAAACACUUGCUUAGUAGCAAGGAUAGCCCGAGACACAAGGAAAUGCUAAUGAAUCUCGAAGGAUACUAUCCAGGAGUGGUUGACGAUAUGAUUGAAUACACAAGAAAACACAGACCGCUGAGAGCCAGCCAAGAGUCUCCUUCAAGUAAGUGGAGGGAAACCUUGGGGGAUAUCUAUGUUCGAAAAAGCCUAGAUCUAAACUACAAGAUGGUACAGGGCCAGGACAAGAACAGCCAGGUGGAAGAAAAAUAUUCUUUGCUGGCCGAGGCUCUGCGCAUGAUUCAGGUGCUGCCUGAAGUGUAUCAGGACUUUUCUACCAUCGAUAAAAUUUUCAUAAAAGGCACAGAGAUCUCUGAAAACCCAAAUAUAAACAAAAAAAACCACCAAGUUCUACUAUCCCUACGUAAGUUAGUAAGAAAAACAGCAGAAGACAACAAAAUAAUAGAAGAUGAGUAUGAGAACAUCCAUAGCGCUCUUGAGAGCAUAUACGAGAAAGACCCACAAAAAGAGCCAACAGUCGCUGAGCUCUAUAAGAAGCUGUACAUGAUUCUUGCAGAUUUCUAUAAAAAAGCGCUAGUUUUCGAAAGCGCUAACUAUGUCUUAGCAGGGAAGUGUGUUAUAAAGCAUCAACGGUAUAUUGCAUGCAAGGCGUCUUUGGGCCUAGUCUCAGAGAACAGCAAGAACUUUGUGCGGGCAUAUGACCAUUUUUACUCAUUUAAUAUGAACAAAUGGGAUGUGUCAGUUGACGUAAAGCCACACUAUCAUAUUUACUAUGUGGACAACACAACACACCAGCUCAGAAUGCUGUGCAUGCCCAAAUACAAAGAAGAAGGCAGUGGUGAAGAGCACUAUCUGCAUACAAUUAACAGCAUAGUAAAUCACAUAAAAAUGAUAUACGGGAUAAGAAUAAAAACAGAUGUCAUACACCCGUUUAAGGUAAAAAAAGGAACCAGAAAGUGGACAUACAUCGAGAAAAAAGACAGAAACAAAACCGUAAAAGACUUGGAAGAGUACAAGGUAGUGUUCUACCACAUCGUGGAGAACCUAGAAACAACGAAAUUUGCGUUUGCAGAGUUCUGGUCUUUAAACUCUCUGAAAAAAGACACCAUUUGCAUACCGCUGUUCCUUACUCCUCUGAUGCAGUCUGCAGUGGAGCUGGGCCCCUUUAAAAAGAAAAAAGGGUAUGCAGAGAUAAAUCCAGUAGAGUUUAAAGAUAGAGUGGCUGAUGUGUACAAGUUCAACAGUGUGUACAAACAUCCAAAGUAUUCAGACGUGCACAGAUACUACAGCAAUCUGUACAUACUGCCAGAUGAAGAGAAGAAGGGAAGCCCAGAAUGCUAUGUUAUGGACUACCAGACACAUAGACAGCCAGACAAUUCCAUUAAAGUUACAUGGAAUGUGAGAAUGCCAAGAAGCGUGAAUGAGUACACACACUACAUGCCCGAGAAAAGCUCCAGAGAAAAGGAAAGCAAAAAAAAGUUCAAUAAUUUUAUUAGCGUACUGGAGUCAAGAGAAUACAACAAAGACAGCGAAUUAGAAGGUGUUUGGCUGAGAAAUGGCAGCAUCGAAGACAAAGAGCUGGAAAAUCAGGCAAAAACCCUGCACACAUGGCAUGCAAGCAUUGAAGAGGUGAAAUAUGAAACUAGACUGAAGAAUCUGGAGAUAAUCAAGAAAAAGAUAAAGAAAGCGGAAGAAGAGUUUGCAAUUGCAGAAGAGAAACAAGCGAAUCUGAUUGCACUGAGCAAAAGAAGUGAUGCAAUGAAGGCGGAAAAUGAAAAAAAGAUAGCCAACAUUACAAGCACAAAAAGUAAGGCAAAAGUAAAACUGGAAGUCCUGCAAAAAGAGCUCUACAAAGCAAUGUCCGAGAAGCCAGAUGACGAAGCAGAGUUCAUAAUUUUCCGCAAUAUGAACAAGAGUAAGUCCAAUCUAGGAGCACACAAUGAGAUUCUUGAUGCUUUAAUCUCGUCCUACAACCAUUAA